CCCGCUUGGGAAGCUAUUACAAGAAACCUGCUGAAUUUCUGAAUGUCCUGUUAGUGUGCCUUAAUCGGAAGUCACUUAUUAUAUUCAUAAUGUCAUUUCAGCUUCGGCAAGAACAGUUUCCUUAUGACGAAGUGAUAACAGAAAUCUUCCCAAAUAUUAAAUCCUGUCCGGGGUCAUACUGUGGACGAAUUGAAAGCGACACUGUAUUUGAACACUGUGGUGAAAACGACACUGUAUUUGGACCGUGUGGGCCUUGCCCAUGGGGUGAAACUACUAAUGGAUCAUCCAUAUGUACUCCAUGCACAGACAGUCCUACAUUUUAUGACUGGCUGUACCUGGGGUUUAUGGCAUUAUUGGCACUUGUGUUAAACUGGUUCUUUAUUGAAUAUUUUGCAAAGCAGAAAAAGAGAGCAAUAAUAUUACAUAUAUCUGCUUUGCUGGAGUGCUCACUGGCUGCCAUUGCAACAUUGUUACUUCUUGACCCUAUUGGUUCAUUUCAAAUUCGUUCUUGUACAGUGACUGGUCUCAGUGAUUGGUACACCAUGUUAUUUAAUCCCAAACCUGGUUAUACUACAACACUACACUGUACGCAUGAAGCAGUCUAUCCAUUGUACACAAUAGUAUUCAUCUACUACGCGUUUGACUUGGUAUGUCUGAUGUUUGUGAGGCCUCUGUUAGCAACAAAGCUGUGCACUGGUUUUGGUAAACCGUCAAUAUACGCAGCUCUGUAUUUCCUACCAAUAUUAACUGUUACACAGGCUGUAGGUGCUGGACUAAUCUAUUAUUCAUUUCCAUAUAUUAUUGUUAUUGCUUCAUUGUUGACAAGUGCUCUACAUUUUGCUAAAAAAGAAAUCGAGAGUUUCAAAGACCUUGUGAAAAAACCUCAGAACAUUGUUAUUUUGCUUGGACACUGGCUGAUCCAUGCAUAUGGAAUAAUAGCAAUAACUCAACUAGAGGAUUUAGUAUUACAUGCAUCGUUAUUAGCUUUAGUACCUGUGCCAGCAGUCUUCUAUCUUAUCACAGUCAAGUUCACAGACCCAACCAAGAUACAAACUUACUCAAUUUAAAAUGUUGUACAUUAUCAAUAUUUGUGUCUCUGCAAUGCUGCUCUGAAUAGUGUGAAUAUAUUGUCAUUGUAUGACAGUAAAUAUUGCAAAGUAGGAACAAAGAUGAAUCUGUUUUGAAAGUACAUAUUUGAAGUAUGAUCUUAAUAAGAGCAGGAUUGGUGCCAUGCAUAGAAACCUCCUGCUAGAUAAUAUGUGGUUGUGAUUCUAGACUGUUCACCUAGCAGGAGUACACAGUACCAAAAGAGAUAUGUUUGGGAAACUUGUGUGAACAGUUAUAAUGAAAACAGUCUUUUGUGAGAACUCUGGGAGUGUAAAUUCUACUGUCGCUUUGUUCUCCAGUUGGUCUUCAUCAUCAUUUUCACUACAUGCUAUAUGCAGUUCUAAACAUAAACAUUGCUCAGAAUUGUAGCAAUAGUAUUUUUAUCAACACUAAACCUAUGACUAAUCACAACACAUAAUUUUUGAUAAUUGCUUAUAAAUGAGUAUAUCUCUAAAAACUGGCCACCAUCAAAAACAUAUGUUUUUGUGCGAGUUCUCCCCUCUGCAGAUCCGACGACAUACAGGGUCACUUUAAAUAUUCAAGGCAUGACUGCCAGUGUGUAGAUGUUUAAAUAAAAGCACCGGGGUAAAAUGUAUAAUAUCCGUGUUAUAUAAUUAGAAUUUUAUGAACUGACUGAUGAGUGAAACAAGAUUUAGUAUUUUCAUUUCGGCACAACUCAGAAUUGUUGUCAAGUUUACUUGUAUUGGGAAUGUAUCAUGCCUUCAGUAAGACAACAUAAAGCCUUUUUUGAGUUAAUUAUUACAAGAAACCAUUUUAAUCCUAUACACAAGUUGGUUUAUCAAAUUCUGUGACUUUGUCUUUAUAGACACACCAACAGCAAACACUAGUGGUGAAAAUGUUCACAUUCUCCAUGCUCAUUAUGGCAAAUAGAUUUGAGCUAUGUGUAACAAAUAUUACAGUAAUCCAUUCUGCUCAUAUUAUAUAAUUUGAUACUCGUGCUAUUAUUUAAUUUAUGUACAUUAUUAAAGUGACAUUUUUGUUUCAUUAAAAGUACAACUGUACGUGUUCACCUUUAUUAUAUAUAUAU